GUCUUUUUCGUGUGGACCACAAUCGAUGACAGAUUUUCUGUUAAUUUGUGUUGAAGAAAAUAGUGAAAUGACAGAUUUACGUGGGGAACCUCUCAGUAAGAUUCAAAAUGCUGUUGUUAAAAAAAUCUGAGAUUGAAAAUGAAUGAUUUAUAGAAUUUUGUACCGUUCUCAUCAACCACUGCAGAUGCUCUUUCUAUCCUUGAGCACUUAUGUCAUCAAAAAUGAAACAUGAAAUAUUAUCCAAAUUGUGGACUAGUAAUGAUUCUAUGGCAACUUGUACUCACGCAAUCCACAGCUGGACCUAGGAACUGCAGUUCAUUCCUCAGUGAUCUUCCACAGAACAUCACCAUUACAGAAUCUAAGAAGCCAAACACAUCUCUGGUGAAUGUGACAUUUACAGCACCCUUCACCCACAGUAUAUAUGUAGAUAUUGUUUAUCCCCCAGAAUUGAGAGUCUUCCUUACAGAUUACAUAAAAGUUCAACAUGACCAACACAUGUGGGCUUUGAUUCUACAAAAGUCCAUUGAUGUUGAAUACAUUUACACGGAAAACGAUAAAUACGCAUUAACUUACUUCCAAAUAGAAUUUUCCUGUGAAAACCUCAAUAAAGAGAUGACAAUCACAGUUACUGAUGAAGAUGAUAAUGGUCCUGUGUUCUCCAAUACAGAAUCUACAAAUUGUACUUUGUCUGGAUACACGGCCAGCUCCGUAAGAGAAUAUACGGGAAAGUUAGAAACAAGUCCUGGUGGAAUAGGGGCAACUGACGGAGAUAUAACCGGAAAUAACGUCACAUACUCUAUUCUUUACGGUGAGCCAUUUGGUUUUGAAGAAUACUUCACCAUAAAUUCACAAUAUGGCCAUGUCAACAAAACAAGGGAAGUAACCGAGGACGACCCUCACAGCUUUAUGAUGAUAAUUCAGGCCACAGAGGUGUCAAGUCUUGGUCGGACUAAGAUUGCUGUGUUAGAAGUUGGCGUUGUCCAGAGUACCCCUGUCGUUUCCUCGGAAGUGGAGGCUAACCAGGGAGUUCUGAUAUUCCUACAAAUUCUGAGUGCUGUUUUAAUUCUUGCUUUUACUGUAGGAUUCGCUUUUAUUGUGCAUCAUCGAAUCAAAAAACACAAUGUAAGUCCGAAACUACCGGAUAGUUCUAGUACCAGUAAGUUUGACAGCAUGGAAGCGGUGACAGAAGACUCGUUCAUUCUAGAGAACACCAUUGUUUUGACAGAGACAAAUCAAAUGAAUGGUGGAUCAAAAUAGGCGCUUGAAAAAAAACAACUCUUCACACAAAGAUCCAAUUCAUUCAUCUGCGUCGAUCAUUGUCCAGUGGCAUCUUUCAGAAAAAAAACGUUUUAUUUCAAUACUCUGUGCAGCUCUCGUCUCCUUUUUACUUUAAAAGCUUCCUUUGGUAGAAGUUACUUAAAUUACUAGUUGAGAAUCUCCAAAUCUAGUUUUUUUUAAACGAUGGCUUAAAACGAUGAUAUAUGAAUUUUUUUUCACAUGUACAUCUGCCUUAGUACAUUAUUGUCCAGUCCUUUGUGUUAGGUGGAAAUAAGAAAAGUUGAAUAGGGUUAAUUUAUUUGACCUGUAGGCUUCGUCAUCGCUAUAAUAAAAUCAAAUACAGUGUGUAUAUUUUGUUAUGAAAGUUGGAUGUUAUUAAAUGGUAAUGAAAA